UUUUCAGGUAGGGCCAUGAACCCCCACAUCCUCUCAUGUGACACCUCCAAACAUUGAUAUAUAAAAGCCACAGUUUUGGGUACUGUUCAUUAGUGGCCCACACGGUUGCCAUCUGCGACUGGGCUUCUUCCAUUCGUUUCUUCUUCAUUGGCCAACGUGGGCUUCUUCUUCUCUCACAGAGACACUUGGAACCCCUCAAUACCCAACGCGCCAUGUGCGAACCAUAGGUUCUGGGUUUUGCCCAUCGGACAACCGGGUUCCUCCCCUGCAGCUGCCUGUCGUUCGCUUCUCCUCUCUGACACGCAGAGACCCUUUCUUUCGUCCCGUCUCCUCAACACCGGCACAGGCGCCCGCAAGUCCCUGGUCAUACACCGAUGCACGCCACCCAGAACGCUCCAACUCCCAAUUCCUCCUCGGAAAUCCCUAUGGGUCAUUCGUUCUUCUUUGCUUGGAAGACUCCUAUGGAUCCAUCGGCUUUUGCAUCUCCUAAUUUCCAUACGCAACCUCUGCUCCCUUCACUCUACUUCAUCUUUCCCCUUCUUCCUUGGAAACGGCAUUCCAUCUACCAUGCUCAUACACUUCCUUCACUCUGCUUUAUCUAAGCCCCACUUUGUCUUAUGUUCCCUCUUCUCGCCGUUCCACCUAGCACCGAAAUCUGCUCUCGGCGGAAUCCCAAACUCGCAGGCAUGACGAGGAGGAAAUUUCGCAGGCAUGAUGGGGAAGAAGCGGGCUAACCUGUGUAUUUGAGCGGGCGGAGGUUCAGAUUAUACUGGCGGCGCUGCGAUUAGGGCCGGGAUGGUACGAAUGUCGCCGCAAAUGGGCGCGACGAGCGAAGCGCAAGUCCAAAGCGAUCUAGGGCAGGGAGGGGACCUCUGGUUUGCGUUUUUGCUGUACAAGGUUGGUGGUUUCAGAUAUGGAGAUCAGGUGGGCAAGGUCGUGAAUCAAUCAGUGCGGUGACGUACCAGUUUAAUCUCAGGUACUCGCUUCCUCCUCUGCUUUUCGCCUGCUGAAUCCCACACUUGAACCUCCUCGCUUAAUCUAUGGUAAUCCUCUGGUUACAACAAGGUUGCUAUUUAGUCUCAUUGUCUCUUUUUUGUGGUGCGAUUUCUGUGAUUUUAAUGCCAAUUAGCGGCUGCUCUAGAUGGUUUCAUUUUCAUACAAAUAGGUGAGCAGGAGUGAUUUGCAGUUGCAGGCAUGAGGAGAAUUAUCUGGUUUGUUCAUGUGCCGCCUUCUCCCCUUACCGAAGGUACUGUUUCCUCCCACAAACCCCUACUUCUGGGCCUCUUCUUCUCUACAUUUACCCUUCUGCAGCAUUGAAUGUUGGGGUUAAUUAUGCUGUGAUGCCUAUGCACUCCUGACAUGUACACUUACGUCUCUAAAAUGGUUGUCUAACUUUGGUGGUUGUUCUUUAUAAUUGGUCUACCUUUUGACAACUAUAAAAACCAAAGUUGAAUGACCAGAAGCCUAGCACCACUGGCUCUGCUGAAAAUCCCAUCUCAUGCUCUUUUUUUUCUUUAUUUUUAAUGGGUUAUUGAACUUGCUGAUUCUUCUUUGUUAUGUGGGGUUUUGGGACCAACCAUCAGCCGAAGAUUUCGAUUACAAUAACAAAGAAGAUCCUGCCUAGAAGGUAUGCAAAGGCGUAUGCGAGGCAACGUGGCAAUGCUUAGACAUAUGUGGAUGUGUUGUUGAUCGAUGAUGCUUCAGUACCUGGUUCCAAUGGGAUAUUCCAGAGAAUUCAGACAACAGGCUAAUUAAGGUAGGCAGUAGCUCGAUCUUUGUUGUAUUCACAUAGCAACUUUUGCUGAAAUUAAUCGUCUCAUAAUCAGGAUGGUCACAUUCUGAUAAGUUUUGUGUGCUAGCUACCUAGCUGCCUCAUGAAUAUUGUUCUUUACUUUUCCAUUUUAGGCCUAGAGAAGUACCAAUUCCUGUCCACUUUGUUAGAUGUGAAAUUUUGUAUGUUCCAGUUCAUAAGAGGAACAAGUUGUUCUAAUUGCAUAUGCAUUAGCCAAUGAAAUGAAGUGUGUGAUUGAAAAUUGGGUAGUUCUGUUAGUUCUCAGCAUUCAUUCCUUGGUUUUCUUAAUGGAAUUGGAUAGUAGCAAUUAGUAAAGAAAUUUGUCAUUUAGAAGAGUAAGUCAGAGCCAUGCAUUCAAGCAUGAUUGUUGUGUUGCUUAUCUGUGUUUAAAUUUGGUUAUAUAUAUAUAAUAUAUGGGAGAGGAGUUCAUUGAUUUUCCUUUCUCACGUAACAUAAAUCAGAUUUCCUGGCUGAACUGUGGUGAUUUGGAAACGCUGCAGAAAAAACAAUUAAUGAGCUUGGUGUGAAAACUGGCAAAUUUGUUGUCUCUAUUCCAUAUUGGGCGAUAAUCGGUUAAUUUAUUUUCUUUUGGGUGGCAGAAUCAGCUGGUAUUAGCAAGGUGAAUUGUUGAAUUCUGCCUUUUUUACAGGUACUGUUGGGUACAGAUUAGCCAACUUCUGCAGCUGGUAUUGGCAACCCUGAUGUCGAUUUCGUGUUGGCCACUGAAAAGAAACUGCUCGAGGUAUGCAACAAAUUGAAAAUCCCCCCCCGGCUGAUCACACAUAUUUUCAAUUGACUCAUGUAGUAUGUGAAAUAACGUUUCCUUGAUUAGCAGCUUAGCAUCAUUCUUGCCCAAUUAAUGGAAAGGGAUGGUGUUCAUACUUUAGAAGUUGAUUGAAACUAACAGACUAUUUCCUCAUAUGGAGGAAGAACUAAACAAUUGUAGUUAGGAAAUAUGAACUUGAUAGAAGGAAUUUUGCUUCUUUGAACUGAAUAAGAAGAGAGCCAGGGUCCCAAUGAGUCAGGUGACUUUGAGAGCCCAAAUCUCUUUAUGUUUGAUCAUCAUGAAAUAACUUAAGUGUUUGUGGCUACUUUGCAAAUUGAUAUCUUUAAAAAAUCAUCAAAUUGGGAUUUUGGUUAAAUGAAAAUUGAAACGUACCAGCUCACACGAAAAAGUAUAUCAGUUACUUAAGGACCCUUUUCAUGCAAAUUCUUGGUUUUGUUCUCACUUAUUUUGCUUAUAGAGUAUUUGGAACAAAAUGGUAAUGUUUUUUUUUUCUUCUAUUUAAUGGAUGUGGUGCAUAUACAUGUAGGUGAAUGUGAUGCUUUACUCUGAUGAACCGAGACCUGGAGUAACGCUAUUGUAGCUGCUGGGGAGAAUACUUGAUCGCCAGCAGCAAACCUGCAAAGAAAAUAUGCGCUUUUUCCAAAUCUCCAGGUUAGAUAUUGUUCUCUGUGAAUUUAAUCAUUCUCCUUUGACUUAGUGGCUCUCCUUUAGUGCGGCUGAAUAGUUUCAGAAUUCAGAUUAUGUGCUAUUUCCUUACAUUAUUGAAUGAAUUAGAUCUAUGGUUAAAGGGAGUUCAACCGUCUAUUCCCUUUGCUUUUGAUAUAAUUCACUGCGUAUUUUAGUGACAGUUACCUUAGGAUCAUGGAUGGGAGGAUGUACGGUUCGUGCAGGUUAUGUGGACCCUCAAAUUCAUGGUUGGUAGAUUUAGCUCCCCGUUUAAGAUCUACCCGCCAUACAACUUAUUUUUUUAAUGGGAAGACACAAAAUCUGUGUGAAUUGGUUUAAUUUUGUAAUGUCAUUCACAUAUAUAGAUGUGUGGAUUCGACGGUGUUUGAGUCAUUGACGUUGUGUGAAUCAUAGGAGGAUGUAUAGGGAGUGCCUGAUUUAAUUCGAACAACAAUUGGUUGCAGUUCUAAUAUGGGAUGCUGUUAUUACGGUCAACAGCUUGCAGCUAGCCUGAGUUUACAGUAAGUAAAAACACUUUCCCAAC